AUGGAAACAUCUUCCCCAAGUGCCGGAAGCCAGCUCGCGCCGAGAGCGCGCCACUCUGCAUCCUACCGCGCGGAGGCCCGACGGGUGUCAUCGCGAGACCAGCUCGCUGAAAUGGCCGCAGCCAGUCAAGGAAACUUGGAGGUGAAUUUUGAAUCACUGGACCUUGCAGAACUUGCUAAAAAGCAGCCAGGGUGGUGCAAGCUGUUUGGGCAGGAAUCUGGGCCUUCAGCUGAAAAGUAUAGCGUGGCAACCCAGCUGUUAAUUGGAGGGGUCGCUGGAUGGUGCACGGGUUUCUUAUUCCGGAAGGUUGGAAGGUUGGCUGCCACGGCUCUGGGAGGUGGAUUUUUCCUGCUUCAGCUUGCAAACCAUACUGGCUACAUCAAACUGGACGGGCAGCGGGUAGAGAAGGACAUGAAGAAAGCCAAGGAACAGCUGAAGAUCCGCAAGAGCAACCAGAUACCUACGGAGGUCAAAAGCAAACUAGAGGAGGUGGUGUCGUUUGUGAAGAAGAAUGUUCUAGUGACUGGUGGAUUUUUCAGAGGCUUUCUGCUUGGUAUGGCCUCUUAA